UAAGAUAUCAGUUUUUUUUUUUUUCUUCUUCUUCUGUGUAAUAAUACUGCAUUGAUCUCCCCAAAAUCCUGGACUGGCCCUCAGCUCAGGGAAUGCUGCCACAUUGAAAAGGAACUUCAAGAGAAGCCUCUACUCUCUGCACUUCUGUAUAAUAUCGAAGGUUGGGAUUUUUUUUGUUGUUGUUGUUUUUGCUACUUUCUGUUUUUGGAAGGGACUACACUUCUCUGUAUGGGGAUUUGGGAAUUCUCUACCUCUCCCAAAGGAAAACAGAUAGAAAGGCCCGGCAUGAGACGGCUGUCAGAUCACAGCCCACGAAGACUCUCUGACAUCAGCUCACAGUUGCGUCAGCUUCGGUAUCUAACUGUUGAGGAUCCCAUCAAGGAAGAGCUGAAAUCAUCUCGUUCUUUUCUAGAUGUCAACAGUGCACUCAAUGAUUUAUCUACUGUAGAGGUGCGCAUCCUCCGAAUUACAGGGUAUUAUCGUCAUAGCCCCUGGAGCCCAGAUGCUUUUGACUUCCAGCGGGAGAAGCGCACGCAGUCCAUCUCCUUGACAACGGCUGAAGAAUCAGAAAGUAGCGAGAAUUCUUCAAAGCAAUGCUGCCAUCGGUGCCCUCUAGUGGUCCUGAGGAAGCUGGCAUGUGGUGUGGCACUGGCUUGCAGUGUGGCCGUCUCCUGGGCAGGGACCACUCACACUGCUAAGAUGACCCUCACCAGCAUCAAUGCUCCAUUUUUUUUGACCUGGUUUGCUACCACGUGGAAUGUCUUCUUUUUUCCUUUAUAUUAUUUGGGGCAUAUAUGCAAGUCUAAAAAGAGACAGACUCCUCUUAAAAGAUUCAGAGAAUGCAGCCAAUUUCUCGGUGAGGACGGUUUUACCUUACGCGUAUUCUGGAGGCGCACAGCUCCUUUCUGUCUCUUAUGGGUCCUCACCAAUUACUUCUACUUACUUGCAUUGUGGCGUAUCAGCCCAAGUGAUGCCAGUGCCAUAUUCUGUUGUAAUAAGGCAUUUGUCUUCCUUCUGUCCUGGAUUAUCCUUAAGGACCGUUUCAUGGGUGUACGGAUAGUGGCAGCCAUACUGUCCAUCACUGGGAUUGUAAUGAUGGCUUAUGCUGAUGGAUUUCACAGUGAUUCAAUCAUUGGAGUGGCACUUGCUGUGGGCUCAGCUUCCAGCUCUGCCCUCUAUAAGGUAUUAUUUAGGCUCUUGGUGGGAGAUGUGAAAUUUGGGGAAGCAGCCGUUUUCCUCACUACGCUUGGUGUUUUUAACAUCCUGCUCCUGUCAUGGAUUUGCGUCAUCUUGUAUGUCACAAAGGUGGAAUAUUGGCCUUCUGUCCAAGAUGUCCCCUGGGAACAACUCUGUAGCCUUGCUGCUCUAUUACUAGCUUUUAACUUGCUGGUAAACUUUGGAAUUGCACUAACCUACCCCACCCUUAUAUCUGUGGGCGUCUUUCUGAGUGUGCCAGUCAAUUCAGCUGUAGACUUGUGUCUACAAACAACGGAAGAGUUCAGCAAAGUCCGUCUUGCUGCAACUGGAAUUAUUGGACUAGGAUUCCUGCUUUUGUUGCUGCCUGAGGAGUGGGAUGAGACCGCCCUUCGUUGCAUUGAGAGGAUUAAGAGGGACAGACAACGAGAGGAGAGUCCAGAAGAUGGAGACGAGAGUGGAGUGGUGACACGAGGCAAAAGCAAAAUGGCAGUCCUAACUUGAGAGUUUAGUGCGAUUGUGAAUGCUUCCAUCAACAAAUCUUCCCUGGGAAUGAAGCCUGCUUUCAGCUUUAUUACCUUGGUGCCUGAUCCUGAAUGCUAGCAGAAGAAUGCAUUUUCCUCCCUUGGUGGAAUAGUUUGGCUAGUCAGUAAAUGCUCAAAUCUUUCAAAGUUGGCGGCUGAUGCUGAGAGGCCUUGAAUAAUUGUGGCUUUACAUCCAUCUUAAAUUGAACAGACAAAAAGCAUCUUUCUUUUUAUCUUGAAAACCUUGCAAAUAAUUUUGGUUGCAUAGUCUUAUCAUCUCAUCAUGUCCUAUCCUAGAAGCUUGAAGAUUUAUAAUCUAACAGUUUGCUCUUUAAAGCUCUCUUAUAUGACAACAAGGCAGACAUAUGAGGAAAAAGUGUGGACUUGCAGCAUGUGUAAAGACUGCUGUUUCAAAAUCAAAAAUUCCAAAACAAAGUUUAUUUAUUGGCAUGAAUUGCUUUACAGAUGUUCCGACUGUAGCAUAACUAACAUCUGUGCUCUGGUUAGAGGGCCAGAAAACAGAAGAGACUAAAAUUCAGACUUUAAAAAAACCCCUGCAAGACUCUGCCACCUGCAUCUUCUUCUAAUCUGGGAGAGCUGCGAUCACAAUGAUGAAUGUUUUGCGAACUUGAAUGUAUGAACACCAAUACCAAAAAGAAAAUUUCUAAGUCUUGAUCUUCAAGAAGUUCAAAUUUUAAAAUCUAUGAGCAAGAAAGAACUUUCCUCCUAGCAUGACAAAACAGAUCUGAUGUAUGACAAGUCUAUAGAAUACAUACAGAUAUUGUAUGUAAUGGGAGAAGAACUGACACAUUAUACAGACAUUACUCUUUAUUACAGUUUUAUGCAAGCACGUAUACUUUUUUUAAAAAAAUAAAUAAAUCUAAAAUAUAUGACCAUCUGCCUGUCCAUUUCUUAAAAGAUAUUUUUUUGUCUUUGGCUUAAGUAACACUAGAAUAGAACGAGCUAGAGGAACCAAAUAUGCUGGAAAGUAUAUUUGGUUAAUCCAGAAUCUACAGCUCAAAAAGAACAACCAUGACGGAUGUUAGUACAGUGUGAGAGAACAUCGAGACCUCUACUCCAUUCCUAGUUAGUGAAUGUUGUAUCCAAACUGGGGCUGAUAAUUCCUUUACUAAAUUUUUAAUAUUUCAUACUCUCACUAAAACUAUUCACUUUUCAAGGCCACAGAUUUCUUGUCAUAAAAAUAAUAUAAGAUUACAAACACUGGUCUGCAAAAAAAAAAAAAACUUUUAGAUGUCCUUUACAGAAAAUAUAAAUUACACAUGCAAUUGUUUUAAAUAUGAUUAUUAUUUACAAAAAGAAGUCACUUGGUACUUUUUCCCUCUUGUAGUCCUCUGAAGGUGCUUCAUGGUGGAAGGACAAACAGACAUCUGCUAACACAGUCUCACUCCACUUUCCACUAUGCUGUCCCUCUGUCUGAGAGAUGUCCUGGUGGACCGUCUUCCCGUGUUCAUCAGAGGGCCCCCAUGUUCUCUUUUACCUGGUCAAGACAAUAGAUGAAUCAACCCAACCUUUCUAUAAAAAACAUUUAAACUACAGCAUUCUCUCUUCUGGACAAUAAACAAUAAACAGGCAUUUUUCUAACCUUUUAAGUAUAAAUUCCUGGCUAUUGUAAAGGAAUAAGCCAAGAGAAAAAAAAUGCUGAUCAAGAACCAAAAUUACGUAGCAACACUUAAUUUUGGGUUGUUUCCACCUCAACUAAUAUUAAGACUGACAUUUUUUUCAGCUCAAAAUAUACUUCAAAUAAUAUUCCAAGCAUGAAAAAUACUUAUUUUUAAAAAACUUAAUUAUUUUCUAAAUGGUGUUUUUCAAUAAAUCCUAAAUCUUGCAGAAAUCUUACAGAAACAGCACAUCUAAAUGAUUUUUUUGAUGCAGACCAGUAAAACUUAAAUAUUUUAACUAGAACUGAAGACGGAAUUACUUCAAUUUAAAUAGUUUUGCAAAAAAAAAAAAAAAAUCUUCCAAGUUAUAUUCAAUUAAAAAAGCAUCACAUUGAAAUUGCCCAGCAAUUUUUUUUCACUUUUUUAUUUAUUUACAAACUUUCCCUUAUUGUAAAAUGCAUAUGUAUUAAGACUUGAAAUGUGGGGAGAGGAGGCCUAUUUUUUCUACCCCAUUUAGUUAAAUUAAUAUUAGACGAGGACAUUUUCUGUAAUUUCCUUUUUAAUACCAUGUAAAAAAAAAACCCAAAAACCGGGAAAGAGCCCAUGUCUGUAUUUUUCAAGGCUGUAUAAAAAAAAAAUAAGAGAACUGGAUAAUGUCAUGCAAAAAGAAGAAUUUAAAGACAGGGGAUAAUAUUUUAAAUUCUACCACUUCAAAUAUAAAGAAGAUUAGGUUGCUUAAUUUACUCAGUUUGUAUAUGUCUGUGUUAUUAGAAUAUGAAAUAUAUCCCAGGAUGGACAAUAUUCCUUAAUGCCAGGCAUUAACAAACACAUCAUUUUAUGUUUCCAAUUUCAAUUUUAUUUCUAGCUGUUCCAGUAAAGUUUUUUUUUUUUAAAUAAAUGCUAAAAUUCUAUCUUGUUAAAUUAAAAAAAUAUGGACAUUAGAGCAUUGUGCAUGAGCAUUUUAUUCCUGGCUCAUGAAAGCAUCCUGCAUGUUUGCUUGCCAAAGGUCCACAAUCUAUUUAGAGACUUUAAAUGCUGACGAUUGACUCUUUAACCAGUAAGUCCUGACCUGAUGGAUCACACUGCAGAUAAGCAAACCAAAAGCAAUAUCUCUGUGAAGUUUUACCAGGCUGCAACACACUUCUUUACCAAGACAUAUGUGUCGCUUACAGACUGGCAUGUUUGCCAAGCUAUUGGCUUCCAAAGCACUUCUUAUUAACUAGCAUAACCUUAAAAAAGAUUUCAGAUAAUUAUUUCCCAGGCUUUUUUAUGAUUUUAAAAUGUAUUUUAAUGUAAAGCUCUAAUAUAAUGAUUGCAAUACAAGUCUUUCUAUUGUCAUAUUAAACCAAAUUGUUGUAUUAAUAGGCAUGUACAUAAUUUGUAAAUAUCUUUUACAAUAAAACUUUACUGACAUUUUGUAUAUGAUCACCUUUCUUCAUCCAUAUUUAUAUACUUUUUCAAGUAAUCAAAUCUUUCUUUUCUCUGGUUGGAUAUAUGACAAGCCAAUCUAACAUGUAAAAAUACUAGAAAUUAAGUCAUUUUAAACAGAAUUAUAAAAAAGUUAUAAAGCAUACAAAGAUACCCCCAAUGUUCUGCGGAAUUAAAAUUAUUGCACAGUGGUGCAGAGA